GCGGUUUCACAUAUAUUCCUCUUCACUCUAUAUUUUGUGUAUCAUCAUCAUCAUCUCUGUACGUUUUUCUAUCUAUCUAUCAUAUCAACAAUCUCUCCGAUUUAAGAAGGAAGUUCUAGAAUCUUCUAUUUCUACAGCCAUGGCUUCCGAGAAUUUCAGCGACAAAAACGCUGUUUUUCGGAAGCUCAAAUCCAAGCCUGAUAACAAGAUGUGUUUUGAUUGCAAUGCUAAGAAUCCAACUUGGGCAUCUGUGACGUAUGGCAUCUUUUUGUGUAUUGAUUGUUCCGCUGUUCAUCGUAGCCUUGGCGUUCACAUCAGUUUCGUUAGAUCGACAAAUUUAGAUUCGUGGACCCCAGAGCAGUUAAAAAUGAUGUACUUUGGUGGAAAUAACCGUGCUCAAGUUUUUUUCAAGCAGCAUGGAUGGAACGAUGGAGGCAAGACUGACUCCAAGUAUACCUCAAGGGCUGCUGACUUGUAUAGGCAGUUACUCUCAAAAGAAGUUGCUAAAAGUAAUGCAGAGGAUGCACAGGUUCAAAAAAGUACUGCAGAGGAUGCAGGUUUGCCAGCAUCCCCUGUUGCUUCUCAGGCUGCCAAUGGAUUUCCUGAUAUUAAGACUAGUGAACCUUCAAAAGAAACAUCUUCAUUGAAGGACGAAAAACCCGAGCUUUCUGCUUCACCCAAAGCCUCUCAAGCUGUUACAGCCUUUCUUAAGAAACCUACAGUUGCGAAGAAAGCUGGGAAGUCUGGUGGACUUGGAGCUCGCAAACUUACUAAAAAGCCAAGUGAAAGUCUCUAUGAGCAGAAGCCUGAAGAACCGCCUGUUCAAGUUUCCUCCUCCAAUGCCGCAAAUAAUGCACCAACUGUUGGUUCAUCAUUUCCGUCUCGUUUUGAGUACACAGACAAUGUCCAACCUGCUGAGACGAGUUCUGGAGGCCGUCGCGUUCUUAACCAUGUGGCCCCUCCAAAGUCCACUAGCUUUUUUUCAGAUUAUGGGAUGGAUAGUGGUUUCACAAAGAAGACAGGUUCCAAUUCUUCAAAAGUUCAAAUCGAGGAAACUGAUGAAGCAAGGAAGAAGUUUUCUAAUGCCAAAUCCAUUUCAUCUGCUCAAUUCUUUGGUGAUCAGAGUAAAGCUGAAAUGGAAGCCUCAGUUUCUCUACAGAAAUUCUCGGGUUCAAGUGCCAUUUCCAGCGCUGACCUCUUUGGUCGAGAUGAUGCAGCUUUAGACAUCACCGCCGGGGAACUUAUUAAUAGGCUCUCUUUCCAGGCACAGCAGGAUAUGUCCUCUAUCAAAAAUAUUGCUGGGGAAACUGGGAAGAGGCUUACCUCCUUAGCAUCCAAUUUGAUGUCUGAUCUUCAAGACAGAAUUCUGUGAGGAGACUCUGUGUUAAAAAAUGAAACGGAGUUGACAACACCUAAAUAUUACUUGUAGAAGUGAAAAGAGUUCGACAUUCUUUCAGAAGACCUAGAACACUAGGCUCUUGAGAAGCUGGUAUCUUAUUUUAUAGUAGCUUAUAGAUGUCUCUUUAAAUUUCCUGAUGUAUGUGUUUUUUUUUUUGGGAGGGUCUGGUUUUACUCUUUUUACUUGCCUAAGGCUCACAGAGGUUUGUGAGUUAUAUUUUGCUCUGUAUUAUGUGCUGUUAGAGCUGAAAUAGAAAUCACCGACUUGUAAUCUUAGCAAAAAUUAUGUCUC